UGUGAGCCGCUGCCUGUGGAUAUCGCGGAUGCCAGUGCAGGCGAGAGCUACAGUCGAGAGACAUACCCAUUACACUCAGCCAAAGCGAAUAACGGAAGAGGAGGCAGUGGGAGAGAUAAGGAGAGGAGGUUUUUCAGAGUGGUUUUCAGCUUCGGAAGAGGAGCUAUGGUAGCGGAGGAGGACUCAGAAUUUUGAGCACCAGGAGAGGAAGAAAAAAACGCGUUAUCCCGUUCUGCUGCGGCUAGUGAGCGCGUUCUCUGCUCGGGUUGGAAUAGCCUACAGUGUGUUUACGUGAGACCAUGGAGAUACGGCUUGGAUUUAUCAAACGGCACUUCGACAGUUUGUGAAAAAAAACUGGACCUCUCAUUUUUCAAAGGCAUUUUACUCUCUUUUUAUUCGCAGGGAUUGUGUUUUUUAGUGUAUUUUUUUCCGUUGGCGUAUUUUUGUUUUUAUCUAUGGUGUUUCAUUAUUUAUGUCGUCUUUUUCUUCUUUCAAAAAAAUAUCAUAUUUUUUGAUUCAUCGGUUUUGGAGGAGAGUCCGUAGUGAAUAUUUUUGGAGAGAAGAUGCUGCGCUGCUCAUGUGAAUGAUAUUCUCUCUCCCUAACUGAGACGUGCCAUGGAUGGAAAACUUAAUUUGCAUCUACGAAACCGAUCGGGAAAUAUCCGUUACAUCGAAUAACUACUGCUGACAUCGAUCAGGACCAAUGACAUAGGAUGAACACUGCUGGAGGGGUGUGUCUGUGUGUGCUGUCGUCCCUCUUUGCUGUGGCCUGGGCCGUAGCUGCCUUAGUUCCUCCAGCUCCUCUCUCUGCCCUGGCCGCUGCCUAUGGGUCUGCCAGUGGCGUCUCUCCCGGGGAGGUAGAUGGGGACAGCCUCCCCUCCCCCUGCUCCAGCCUGGUAGCCGGGGUACUGUAUGGCUCUUUCUCUCUGAGAGAGCUGUUCCCGUCGCAGGUGCUGGGCUGUUCCUGGUCAUUGGAAAACCCAGAUCCCACCAAGUACUCCCUCUAUCUCCGAUUCACCCGCCAUCCCUCUAUCUGUCAAUCACACUACCCCAUGCUCCUCCCCCUCGACCAUCAUCUAGCCAAUCAGAGCUGUCCGCUGGAUCUAGAGACGCCACCUCAAGACCAGGAAGUGAUAGACCUUUGCGGCAGGCAAUUAGAAUCAGAGGGACCUUAUUCAUUUUUGCAGUUCGACAAGAACUUUGUGCAGCUGUGCCUAUCGAGACUACCGACAACCGAUGAACCGCCGGUAACCAAGGAAACACUAGAACUCCGGCUUGUCGAGGUUUUGCUAAUCAACAACGAGAACUCCAGUCAGUUCACCUGUGGAGUACUCUGCCGAUGGUUCGAGGAGUGCCUACGCAAUGGUCGUCAUGGAGAAGCUGAUGUUGCUGACGGCGACGGUUGCAGAGUUACGCAGACUGGUUGUGUGUGUCCUAACAACAAUGUGGUCAUGGCUCAGCCUGUACCCCUUCUCCCAGCAACGCCCCAUAGCAAUGGAUCGUUGUUACCUGAGAAUUGCUGCGUCACAGAGCUGCACCAUAACAACGCCAUCGCUAUAGCGCCCAGGGACGUCAGACACGACCUCUAUCCAGACCCAGAUGGUGAUGACCUGAAGGUGAAGACACAGAAACCCAGAUCAGCAGACCAGCCAGGUGUGUUUCAGGCACAGACAGGUGACCCUGCGGCGGAGGAGUGGUCUCAGUGGAGUGUGUGUUCGCUAACGUGUGGUCAGGGUUGGCAAGUGCGGACACGCUCGUGUGUGUCCUCUCCCUACGGAACCCUGUGUAGUGGCGCCCUGAGAGAGACACGUAUGUGUAACAAUACAGCCACCUGCCCCGGUGACCCAGCACUGAGCUCAGUGCAUGGGCUGUGGGAGGAGUGGUCGUCAUGGAGCCUGUGUUCUGUCACGUGUGGGCGGGGCUCCAGGACCCGAACCAGAAACUGUGAGAGCGGAGGAGGGGCCAAGCUCUGUGGAGGGCCUGAGAAACAGAACAAACUCUGCAACAUAGCAGUGUGUCCCGUGGAGGGCCAGUGGUUGGACUGGGCUCCAUGGUCUAGGUGCAGUGAAACCUGUUCCACAGGGAGCCAGCAGAGACAGAGGAGGUGUAGUGCAUCGGUGCAUGGCUGGGCAGAGUGUAAAGGACCACACCAGGAAACCCGGGACUGUACCAACCCAUCUUGUGGUGGUGGGGGUAACUGGGGCGGCUGGAACCACUGGAGUCUGUGCAGCAAGACGUGUGACUCAGGGUGGCAGCGUCGCUUCAGGAUGUGUGAGGGGACAGGGAUACAGGGUUACCCCUGUGACGGCUCCGGAGAGGAGGUCCGCUCCUGCAAUGACAAGAAGUGCCCCGCACCUCAUGAGAUCUGUAGAGAUGAGUACCAUGUAACCAUGACCUGGAAAAGAGCCUCGGCUGGAGAAACAGUCUAUAACAAGUGUCCGACUAACGCCACUGGAUCUGCUAGUCGUCGUUGCUUGCUGGACGCUAAUGGAGUUGCUUACUGGGGUCCUCCGAGCUUCGCCAGAUGCGUCUCGAUGGAAUUCAGAUAUUUACAUUUAUCUUUGCGAGAGCAUCUUGCGAAGGGUCAGAGGACCCUGGCUGGAGAGGGCAUGUCUCAGGUCGUGAGGAAUCUCCUGGAUCUCUUACAGAGGAGGAGCUACUACAGUGGUGACCUCCUGUUCUCCACGGAGAUUCUCCGAAAUGUGACGGACACCUUCAAGAGAGCAACCUACAUCCCAGCUGCCGACGACACACAGAAAUUCUUCCAGGUAGUCAGCUAUAUGUUGGACAUGGAAAACCUUGAGAAGUGGGAAGACGCUCAUCAGGUUUCUCCUGGUACGGCCCAUCUCAUGCGUAUAUUGGAGGACUUCAUCCAUCUGAUUGGAGAGGAUCAGAAACCCUUCCAGAGUUUCCUGGUGGUCACCAACAACCUCAUGAUUACAAUACAGCGAGAGCCCGUGACAGCGGUCUCCAGUGACAUCAACUUCCCCAUGAAGGGCAGGAGGGGAAUGAAGGACUGGGCUCGUUCCGCCGAAGACAAACUCUACAUCCCCAAAGAGGUCUUCACCCUAACCUCUGAAGAAACAGAAACGGAGACCUCAUAUUUUGUCAUCGGAGCCAUCCUUUAUCGAACCUUAGGAGUCAUCCUUCCUGCCCCCAAAGCCCCUGCUGUGAUCAACUCUAAGAUUCUGACGGUGACGGUCCGACCAGAACCCAAACCCAGUGAACCCAUGGUGGUUGUGGAGCUGUCCCCACUGCUUAAUGGCACAUCAGAUCCUCAGUGUGUUGUCUGGGACUAUGGGAACCUGGAAGCUGGUGCUGAGAACUGGGACACAGAGGGCUGCCAAACGCUCGCUUCUGCCGCUGUCCACACCAAAUGCCUUUGCAGCAGGAUCUCCACCUAUGCCAUACUAGCGCAGCAAGCUAAAGACCCGGACAUGGGUCCAUCCAGUAUGCCUUCUGUUCCCCUCCUGGUGGGCUGUGGGGUCUCCUGCAGCGCUCUGCUCAUCCUGCUGCUCAUCUAUGCUGCUUUCUGGAGGUAUAUUCGUUCGGAAAGGUCUAUCAUCUUGGUUAAUUUCUGUCUCUCCAUCCUGGCAUCCAACAUGUUGAUACUGGUUGGACAGUCCCAGACACUCGGCAAGGGCCUGUGUACUGUGACUGCUGCAUUCCUUCAUUUCUUCUUCUUGGCAUCCUUCUGCUGGGUACUGACAGAGGCGUGGCAGUCUUACCUGGCUGUGAUUGGCAAGAUGAGGACACGCCUCAUACGUAAACGCUUCCUGUGCCUGGGCUGGGGUCUCCCAGCCCUGGUGGUUGCUGUGUCAGUAGGUUUCACUCGAGCCAGAGGUUACGGUACACCCAGCUAUUGCUGGCUGUCCUUGGAAGGCGGGCUUCUCUACGCAUUUGUUGGACCUGCAGCUGUCAUCGUAUUGAUGAACAUGCUGAUCGGUAUUGUGGUCUUCAACAAACUCAUGUCUCGAGAUGGUAUCUCUGACAAGUCUAAAAAGCAGAGAGCUGGGGCAUCCCUAUGGAGUUCCUGUGUAGUUCUCCCUCUGUUGGCUCUGACCUGGAUGUCUGCUGUGUUGGCCAUCACCGACCGCCGCUCCACACUGUUCCAGGUUCUGUUUGCUGUCUUUGACUCUGUCCAGGGUUUCGUCAUCAUUACUGUCCACUGUGCCAUGCGCCGCGAGGUUCAGGACGCAGUGCGCUGUCGGAUGGGGGGAUGUAAAGACGACAGUGAGAACUCACCGGACUCAUGCAAGAACGGACAGGUGCAGAUCAUGUCGGACUUUGAAAAAGAUGUGGACCUGGCAUGUCAAACAGAGAGAGGACACCCAUUCAUCUUCAAGGAAGUUAACACCUGUAACCCAGCAACCAUCACCGGGACCCUCUCCCGUAUCUCCCUUGAUGAAGAGGAUGACCCCAAGCUGGCGGCCCACCAGGAGGGGGGCCUAGGGGUCAACUUCAGCUCCCUCCCUGGAAACAUCCCCCCUCCCAACCUACUCGUCCAGGUGCCCCCGCUGGGUGUUCUGAACGAGCUGAGUGACACCACUGUGAAAAAGGAGGUGAACGUGGAGCAGCAGAUGCACCAGGGGAACCCCAGGAACACGGCGCCUGUCUACCUGUGCACUGAGAGCGGGAUGGGCUGGUCUCGACCGCCCCCUCCUGCCAAUACUCUGGAUGGACCUUGUGGGGGAGGGGAGGGGGACUAUAUGGUGUUACCCCGUAGGACGGUCAGUUUAAAACCCCCUCUGCCCCCAGGUCUGGGGCUGGGGCUGGGGGGCGAGGACAAGCCGCUUAACAUCGCAGUGGACGACCCGCCCUUCCCCCCGCCCCCAUCGCCCAUGACCCUCCACCCGGCAGAGAGCGAGGCCUACCCAGCUGACUUCAUCUCCCCCGGCGACCACAACAUGAACAUCGGCAUGAACAUGAACCGCUCUUACGGGACGGUCAAGCAGCUCCCCGUGCACGGGAAUCAAGGUCCCCAGGGCCACAUGCACGCUCCGGGCGUCCACGUGCAUGGGAGCAACAUGCAUGACUACGGGCACUCGCUGAAGCCUGGCCAGAGGCCAUCGGUGAGGCAGAUUCUAACAGGAGGGGGAGGCGCGGUGGAGCGCAACCGGACCCUGCCACGCAACCUGGGCAGCACCAACACUAACACCAGCCUCUCCGCUGGCUCCCUGGAGGACAAGUCGACCCCGACCCAAGAUGACCAGUACUCCUGGGACAGCUUCAAGACCAUGACCCCUGAGCUAUCCAUCGUGCCGGGGGAGCACAAGGACAGGAUGGAGCUGCACAACAAGAACACCUGGGACUCCUCGUCUGCCAACACACCUGACACGUCUGAGGGGGACUUCCAGACUGAAGUGUGAUGAGACAGAGAAACACACACACACACACACAUAGAGAAACACACACACACACAUAGAGAAACACACACACACACACACACACACAUAGAGAA